AUGGUUGUGAGACUGGCACUGCCCAAUGCGAUUGAAGUUGAGGAGGCGUCCCCGGAGAGAAUAAGCGGCCAAGGCAGCGAGAAGGGCAGUGAUCAGGAGGUGGCCUCGCAGCGCUCGGCGGAGCCGGUGCCGCAGCCUACAGGCUCGAUGCUGGGCCGCUUUCGGCCCUCCAACGUGACGAGGACCAAACUCCACAUCACCGGCCGCGGCAGCGUCUUUGGUCGGCGCUGGAGCCUUGGCAGCGUGGCGGAGUCCGUCUUCCCGGAGCGCGGCCGCGCCUCCACGCGGUCCGUUGGGUCCAACGACGCCAGAAACAGGUUUGAGAAGGGCUUCACCCUGGUUGAAGAGGAGGAGCUGGGAAUUGCCUUCUGCACUCGCGCGAAGAUGCGGAGAUCGAAGGGCCCAGAGUCGGAGCUGCUCCAGUGGUUGCAGUGGUUCUCCCAGAAGCUGUCCCCGUCAAGGCACGUGGCCAACUCCACCUGGCACGUGACCACUAGCCGGCAAGUCUCAGUGCUGCUGAAAGCCUCCGCGCUGGCGAGCUUCGCCUGGGUCAUGGCGCUGGUGGCCAUGGAGCCCAUCUGCAUCAACAGUGCCGAUGGGACGCUCUUCGAUCGUCUGGCGCGGCACAGCUCCAACGGCCUGAGCGUCGUAGCAGUGCUCCACUUUGUGAACUCAUUGCUGUACCUGACGCUUGGCUCAGCGCGCACCUUCUUUGACCUUGGGCGGGCUUAG